GGGACUAAAUGACAGCAAUCUCAAUUGAACCCUCUGUGGCCCUUCUACUAAAACAGAGAAUGCCUCACAACAGUAGCCCCGUAACCAAACCAUUCCUGGCAUCUCCUCGGCCCCUGGCUACCUAUGAGCGUGGGCGCGAUCUCUGCACUUUUGUGUCAACGGCAGCAACCCAUGUCAUGCGGACCCUCCAGAGACCUUGCCGGAGCAAGCCAAGGAAGAGGAAAGUGAAUCACCGGAGGUUCCUACAGAACCAGAUAUUCAGGAGUUUUUCAGAUAUUGAAGCUGCUACUCGCCGCCUGGCCUCCUCCAUCCUUUCCCAGGAAGCUUGUGUGGCUCCUGCACCAAUCCAGCAAAGGGCCCCCGCUCGACCCCGCACACUCCUAGUACCCCCAAUUGUCAGUUCUUUCUCAGGCAUUGCCGAAGCCUUCGUGGCUCCUGACCCAAGCCCUGGCUGGGCUUUGUCUCUUGAUGCCCUGACCUCUGACCCUGAUGAACUUUUUGAACCCAUCACCAGAGAGACAGAGCCAGCAGCAGCCCACAGCUGGGAACCUCUCAGCCUGGAUCGAGGAUCGACCUUGGUAGGGUGGGCUGCACCUUCCCACGUGCCACAUCCUCUUACAGGUUCUGCAACCUGUGUGGAGCCUAUGGUCUAUCCCUCUGUUGCAGCUGACUGUUGCAGCCCUGCCUUGGAGGUGGGGUCCUUUGUCAUUCCAGACCAUGACACCUAUAUGCCUUUGUUGGAUUUGGAAAUGUGGUGA